AUGACCCGCGAGCUCAUCCGAGUUGGGAUCAUCGGCUCUGGAGCAUCGGGUCUUGCUCAGUUGAAGCAGCUGCUCGAUGCGUUCGCUCGGCCAGAAGUGAAGCGACGGGCUGAUCUCGAGGUGGUAUGCUUUGAGAAGCAGGAAGAAGUGGGCGGAGUAUGGUUCGCGAAUGAAGAUGCAGAGAAACGCUACCGCACUGCCUCGACCGACGCCUCUUCCAGUCUACCUGCCGGUGAACAAGCUGAACAGGUGUACGUCUACCCGCCAGCGGGCGAAGAUCCAUCUCCAAUGUAUGAAGGUCUGCGUACCAAUCUCCCACACGACCUCAUGGCUUUUCGCUCGCUUCCCAUGCCUCCAUCCCUCCCUCUCUUCCCCACCCGCGCCCAGAUCCAGGCAUACCUCGUAUCCUACGCUACCAUCUUCGAUCUCUACCCGUAUAUCCGAUUCCGGACGACCGUACGGCGGCUGUAUCAGCCCUCAGACCCCUCUGCCGCUGGAGGGCGGCGAUGGAUGAUAGAGUACGCAGGAGCGGAUGGGGACGUGACGGAAAUGGGACUGGACUUUGUCUGUUGCGCGAAUGGGCAUUAUGCGGAUGGGUGGAUAGCGCCUGUACCCGGUCUGAGCUCAUUCAAGGGGAAGGUGGUUCAUUCGCGUUACUUCCGCUCAGCGGAGGACUACACCGGCCAGAAAGUGCUCGUUGUCGGCUCAUUCGCCUCGGGCGGGGAUAUAUCGCGCCUCCUCGCAGCUUACAACUUGGGUAUGUACACCAAGACCGACAACUCAGCCAACAACGGCGGAACCGCAAGCCACAAUGGCAGAUCGAUUAUCGCGCCGGAGCGUCAGAUAGACGUGCACGUCUCUUGCUCGGCUCGAUCGGCGUUCUCGGUGGACACGGACGAUCCCGAUACGCCAUGGGGAAAGUACGUGACGUAUCACCCGCUCAUCGAUCAUAUCUCUUCCUCAGGCGAGGACAGUAUCAUCCACUUUGAGGACGAGACUGCCCUCGAAGGAGUAGAUACUAUCAUCUUUGCCACUGGCUACAACUUCGCAUUGCCCUUCGCAAAAGGCGAGGACCGACCAUGGUGUGAUUCACCUCUUUUCGACAAACGGAUAGAAGAGGGUGAGCGGGAGCUUGGGCAUGCAUGGGAAAAAGGCGGACUGAAGGGGCUGGGCGUGAAGGGGCUGGAUGGGUUGAUGCUGUUCAUGGAGAACGACCGGAGUAUUUGCUUCCCAGUUAUGCAAUAUCAAGUCGUCCCGUUCCCGCUCGCCGAGUCCCAGACUCGCCUCUCCGCACUGCUCUGGGCGGGUCUCCUCCCCUCCUUCCCAGACAAUCCUCAACCACCUCGAAACGCUAGUAAUCCAUACUCUAGCUCUCCUCCCUCCACAUCCACUGCAAAAUCUUCCGGUGCUUUCAGCGCGUCCGACCCCCAGCCUCCACCAGAACCGUCAGCUACAGCUGUCAAGCCCCCUCGGAAAGUCAUGCAGACGCGUCAAAAGCUCGUCUUCGGUGCCCCGUACGAAUGGGAGUACCAAGAGUACCUCAUGGAACUUAUGGUUGAAGCGGACAAGGAUGGAGUAGGAGUCGAGGAGUGUUGGAAGGGGAUUGAGGGGUUCAGGCGGGAGAAGCGGGCUGAUACGGGACUGAGAAAGCGGACUUUGGGAUACUAG